CAUUUCGAUAAAAUAAUAAACAAAGCAAAGCAAAGCAACGGAGAAAAGAAGAACAACGUUCAAACUGGAUUUGGAGCAGGGAGAGAUACGACGGCGAGUCAUCAUCUCCCCCGAGUCUCUCCGACUUCCAAUUUCAAUUUCGUCUACGAAACAUUACUUGUCAAGUGUCAAGGAAGAAGACCAAAAUCCCUGUCUGGUUUUGGAUUUGGGCUCUUUAACUCCACCGACAGAAAACCCUAGUCCUUCGUCUUCGAUCUCCCCCUGCACCUUCCAGGGAGAUAGGCAGAGAUGGGGGAUUUCGUCGAUAAAUUAGCUUAUUUUCAAGCAAUUACUGGCAUUGAAGAUCCCGAUUUAUGCACGGAGAUGCUCGCUGCUCAUGGUUGGGAUCUCGAACUCGCGAUCUCCGCCUUCACCGCCUCCGAUUCCAUUCCUUCUGACAACCCAAACGGUAACCAUACUAAUAACGACACCACCACUAGUCCCUCCAACGAUCACAGCAACGCCGGUAGCAGAGGUCAAUCAAAUUCCAAUACGUGGGAAGGCGUCGAACGAUCCGAAUUGGCUCGGCAAGAGUCACAUUCGGUUGCAGAUGUCGCCCCCGCCGCUUCUCCCGGUUUGGCUUGGAAGCUCAUCACUCUACCCUUUUCCGUCAUUUCUGGCAGUUUGAGCUUGAUUUCUGGCGCCAUCGGCCUUGGUGUCUGGGUUGCCGGCGGCGUUCUUUCUCACUCCCUUGGCUUGCUGGGCUGGGGUUCAUCCCGUAAUGGUGAUGCAUCCUCUCCUCUGGUUUCCCUCUCGGCUGCCGCUUCCGAGGCUUUGGAUUUUGUAGCCGCCUUUGAGAGGAAUUACGGAACGACUCAUCCCAAUUUUGUCACCGAGGGCUUCAUGGAUGCCUUGCAGCGUUCCCGCCAGGCAUUCAAGCUGUUGUUUGUGUAUUUGCACUCACCAGAUCACCCUGAUACACCAUCGUUUUGUGAGCAAAGUUUGUGCUCUGAACUUGUGGCAUCCUUUAUUAAUGAGAAUUUUGUAUCGUGGGGUGGGAGUAUCCGGGCGAGUGAGGGUUUUAAGAUGAGUAACAGCUUGAAGGCUUCCAGAUUCCCGUUUUGUGCAGUGGUUAUGGCCGCUUCAAAUCAGAGGAUUGCAUUACUUCAGCAGAUCGAGGGUCCAAGGUCUCCUGAACAAAUGCUCACAAUCCUUCAGAGAGUAGUUGAAGAGAGUGCGCCUGUUCUUGUAGCAGCCAGGCUUGAAGCAGAAGAGAGGAGGAAUAACAUGCGUUUGAGGGAGGAGCAAGAUGCUGCUUACAGGGCUGCACUUGAAGCUGAUCAAGCUAGGGAACGCCAGAGAAAAGAAGAGCAAGAGCGGUUAGAGAGAGAAGCUGCUGAGGCUGAGAGAAAGCGCAAGGAGGAAGAGGAAGCACGGGAAAGAGCAGCUCGUGAGGCUGCUGAGAGAGAAGCUGCACUAAUUAGAAGGCGCCAGGAGAAAGCUAUGUCAUUGGGUGUUGAACCUGAAAAAGGACCUAAUGUCACACAAGUUCUUGUAAGAUUUCCGACUGGAGAACGCAAGGAAAGGAGAUUCCAUAAUACAGAUACAAUCCAGUCCCUCUAUGAUUAUGUUGAUUCUUUGGAUUGCCUGAAUGCAGAGAAGUACAGCCUGGUCUCCAACUUUCCGAGGGUUGUCUAUGGCCCAGAGAAGCACUCUUUGUCAUUGAACGAAGCAGGAUUGCAUCCUCAGGCUAGCCUUUUUGUAGAAGUGGACUCAUGAGGGCUAUUUGUGGUCAGUAGCCUGAGAUGGGACAGUGGAAAACCAGUCUGUAUUCUGUAUUUUGUCACCUUAACAUAGAAGUUGUAUAAUUUGGAUGCUUAAGCUUUCUUUCAAGCAGAUCGAAUCAAACAAAUGACCUUUGCUUUGAGGGGCUGUUGGGUCUGACGUGAGGUCUAGAACCUUCUUGACUGUUAAAAGAUAACUCGCACUUGCAUUCUGUUGGUGACUGAUUUACAUAAUUAUUUAGAUAAAAUGAAGGCUGAAGAAAGUAAUUCGUCAA